AUGUCAAAUGAAAGUGAAGAGUUUUCCACAGAAAUUGUGCAAAGGGGUGCAGAAAGCAAUGGCCCAAUUUCAUUCUCUGUUAAAGUACGGCCCAGAAUGCCAGAUUUUCUUAGUUCUGUUAAUCUAAAAUAUGUGAAAUUGGGCUAUGGUUAUCUCAUUAACCAUCGUUUGUAUUUACUAUUCGCACCCGCUUUGCUUGCAAUCUUGAUUAAUCAUAUUGGAAAAUUCACUAUGGAAGAUCUCUUUGUGAAAUUUAACAUCACUGAGGGGUUGUUUAUUUCUGGAAUUUUUCUACUUAUGCUCUAUAUUUAUAUUGAUUCUACACCAAGUUCUACCUAUUUGAUUGAUUUCUCGUGUUUCCGACCUUCAAAUGAUUACAAGAUCUCUAAGGCAGAGUUCAUUGAGUUAGCAAAAACAUCAGGAAAUUUCAAUGAAUUGGCCAUUAAAUUUCAAGAACAAGCUCUUAAGAAAUCUGGCAUAGGAGAUGAAACCUACUUACCAAAAUCAGUUUUUCGCCCCGGUUACACAUCAUCCUUAAAAGAAGGCAGAGAAGAAUUAUCAAUGGUGAUGUUUGGUGCAAUUAAGAAUGUUCUUGCAGCCACAAAAGUAAAACCAAAAGACAUCAAAAUCCUUAUAGUAAACUGUGGAAUACUAAACACAACUCCAUCAAUCUCAUCAAUGGUGAUAAACCAUUUCAAGCUUAGGUCUGAUAUUCGUAGCUUUAACCUUGGUGGUAUGGGUUGUGCUGCUGGAAUCGUAGCUAUUGAUUUGGCUAAAGACCUUCUUGAUGCUUAUCCUGGUUCUUAUGCAUUAGUAGUUAGCACAGAAGCUGUUACCUAUUCAUGGUAUAGUGGUAAUGAAUUUGAUAUGCUUCUUCCUAAUUGCUUCUUUAGAAUGGGAGCUUCAGCCGUCUUGCUCUCGAAUUAUCGCCUCGAUAGAUGGCGUGCUAAGUAUGAACUCAUACAGCUGGUCAGAACUCACAAAGGAAUGGACAACAACAGCUACAAAAGCAUACAUCAAAAAGAAGACAAUGAAGGGAAAAAAGGACUAUCAAUAAGCAAAGAUGUAAUUGAAGUUGGAGGCCAUGCACUAAAAGCCAACAUCACAACACUUGGUCCACUAGUACUACCAGUUUCAGAACAGCUUCACUUCUUCACCAAUUUACUCUUGAAGAAAAAGAAAACAAAGCCAUACAUUCCUGAUUUCAAGCUAGCUUUUGAACAUGUAUGUGCAUUGGCAACAAGCAAGAGAGUGUUGGAUGAGAUACAAAAUAAUUUGGAGUUGACAAAUGAGUAUAUGGAAGCAUCAAGGAAGACAUUGGAGAGAUUUGGUAACACUUCUAGUAGUAGUAAUUGGUAUGAACUUGCAUAUCUAGAGUUCAAUAAAAGGAUUAAGAAAGGUGAUAGAGUUUGUCAGAUAGCUUUUGGGUCUGGAUUUAUGUGUAAUAGUGUUGUUUGGAAAGCACUUAGGAAUGUUGGGAAGCCUAAACAAAGUCCUUGGAUUGAGGAUGAUAAUUGA